UAUAUCGGCAGCCCUGUAAUAACCUAUCACACAAAUGACAAAAGAAAAUAAUCGAAAACCGGUAUAUUUAUUUGUGUUGUAUUAAUAAAAAAUUUUGUGUAAAUUGCUAAAAAAUAUUUAUUUCACCCUCAUAAUAUCAUUAUAUACAUAAAAAAUCGCUAUUGUACGAAUGCAACUGAAGAUAUUAUACACAUAAUAAACUAUAAAAGAGAAAAUAAUAAGUUUGCAAAAGUACCGAAUUAGCAAAAAUGGCAAUCACCGACACUUUGCAUUACAUUACCAUUGGUAAUCCCGUGAGCAAGGCUGUGAUUUCCAGCACCACAUCAUUAUUUUCCCGCGGAACGACUCCGAGCACUAGUGCGCCGUCUGUGAAAGCUUCAACUGAAGUAGUCGCCGCUAAAGUUAUGGGGAGCGUAAUUCCUCCACUAUGGAAAUUAGCAGGACGGAACCACCUUUUCGUGCGUUUAGCAGGCUUAAGCGGGGCCUCAGCCGUAAUUCUCGGGGCAGUUGGAAGUCACAAAUUGCAUCCGACACACGAGAAGGAUGAGAUGAAAACAAUCUUUGAAACAGCCAACCGUUUCCAUUUCUUCCACUCAUUGGCUCUUCUUAGCGUACCGUUGGCUAGAUAUCCAGCUGUGACUGGUGGUCUAUUAUUGGUUGGAACUAUAUUAUUUAGCGGCACUCUUUAUUAUCGUGCAUUUACUGGUGAUAAACAGUAUGCCCGUUUUGCGCCAUAUGGCGGAUUUUGCUUAAUUGUCGGCUGGCUAACGUUAUUGCUUUAAAUAUUGGAAAACUUACUGGAAGAAGGAUGAAAGCAACAAAUAAGCGAUUUUGUGUUACAUAAGCAAAUAUGAACUGCAAUUCAACUAAUGUACACAUAUCCAUGUAUACUUAAUUUAAUAAUCACAGAAUUAAAUAGUCUUUGUUAUGAAUGAAUGUCAUAUGA